CAUCAAAUUUAUGAUCACCUCAGACAAGAAAGAUUAUAAAGAUAGAUGUAAAAGCUGCUACGCGCAACGUUAAUUUAAUGCAAAAAUGCAACCUUUCUGAACAGUUUACAAUAACUUUACAAUGCGGAAAUUGCUCUGAGCUGUAAUUAUCAACGGAUGGACCUGGUGCCCGUCGGCUGAGACAUCAUUUACAAUCCGCUGUGAGACCGCCGACAGGAUGGUGGAGCGGUCGGACCGAGCCCCUCUGCUGGACUGGGAGGAGGUUCCGUCCGGCGGAGCGGCACCGGCGGCAGCACACGCCAAGGACCGACUGGCGAGUCCCUCCAACAGCCGGACCUUAUCAGGAUGCUCCGUGCCGGGGCUUGGGUGGAGCGGCGGUCCAGGGGGUCCCACUCCCAGCAGGUCUGUCUCCAACGCAGACGGCUGCAGCGCCCCACCCGCGACCUCCAGCACCCCGGCGGGCAAUGAUGAAGCGCUGCAUCCCGACGACGAGGAGCAUCUCUCGGAUUCAGGAUCGAGGGAGGUGUCGCUGGAGGACAGGAUGGUGAAAUGGGAAGAAAAGGACCAGAUUGUGUCGGUCUUUGUGGUUACAUUCAAUACAAGAUCAGGAAACAUGCUGGAGUGGUGUCUGCCCAAAGACAUGGACCUGGAGGGAGUGGAGUUCAAAGCCAUCGCCAGCGGCUCCCACCGAGUCACUACAGACUUCAUAUACUUCCGGAAAGGCUGCUACUUCGGCCUCGCCUGCUUUGCCAACAUGGCCGUGGAGAGCACGGUGGAGAGGGGGGCGAGGAUGAAGUCGGUAGGGAUCCUGUCUCCUUCCUACACCCUGCUCUACCGCUACAUGAGCUUUCUGGAGCACCAGGUCAGGCUUCAGCUUCAGUCCCCAGGCCACUACUCUCCUCUGGAGGCCUUUUAUGAGGACAAGAGAGCACUGCUGCCUCCCAGUGGUGAUGGUGUUGUAACUGCAUGUCCAGCCAACGCCUGGGGAGCAGCCAUCAACCACAGCAUGCACCCUGAGAUGAAGAUCACCCACCCUGCAGGCUGCAUGUCCCAGUUCAUCCGCUUCUUUGGAGAGCAGAUCAUGGUGCUGUGGAAACUGGCUCUCCUCCGCAGACGCAUCCUCAUCUUCUCCCCUCCGCCUGUGGGCGUGGUCUGCUACAGAGUGUACUGCUGCUGUUGCCUGGCAAACAUCUCCAUCCCCGGGAUCGGUGUGGCUGUGCCCGAGUUCCGCCCAUUCUUCUAUGUUAAUGUGGCCGAUAUCAGCGCGCUGGAGAACGAGCUCUCCUACGUGGCGUGUACUACUGAGAAGAUCUUUGAGGAGAAGAAGGAUCUGUAUGAUGUGUAUGUAGACAAUCAGAAUGUAAAGACCUACAGGGACGGCCUGAAGCCUCUGCUCCGCCUCAGCACUGCAGACAGGGAGAAAUAUCGCAAACUCACUGAACAGAGGCAGAUGUUGUUGUACUCCCAGGAGGAGAAUGGAGACUGUGUGUCCAGUGAAGAGGAUCUCUUUAUUCUGUUUUUCCUGGAGCAGAACAACAGGAUUUUCCAGACCCUCAGCGAGGUGGCAGGGAGCCCCGAUCCCACGCUGACCCAGGAGAGUGUGAGGGCCAUGGGUCUGGAUCCCCAUGGAGACAGGCUCUUCCUGCUCCACCUGCUGGAGAUCUACGGCUAUGACACCCUGCUGGUGUCGGAGCAGCUGUGCUGCAGUUGAGACACGACAGAUGUCUGGCUUUGCGCCUUUCAUCACUGCUGGUUUAAAAGGGGAGUUGAUUUGCCUCGAGCAAAUGUUGAGUGCUGCACUACUGGCUUCUUGGAGUCUUCAGGACUGUUUGAAAUUUCAGUUUUUUGUUGUAUAUCCCCAUGUUUCUUUUGUUCACUGCGAUUCUGCUCCUUCACAACCUGAUGGCAAGGGCGACAUCAACGGUUAACUCUCAUGUAUUAUAACCAAGAGUAAUGUGGUCAGUUCAACUUGAUGCAGCCUGAUGGAGACUUAAGAUGGAUUACUCACCACUGGCUGACAUGAAAACUGGAUCGUAUACAGCUGCGGAAAUUCAACACUGAGCCACGUUUUAAGCCAUGGAUGGCAGGUCCAAACCCCAGAUGAUGAUAAGAUCAAAUAAACACUAAGGUGGCUUGAAUUGUACUUCAACAUCCAAGUUGAAUGAUGAAGAUAAAGCCAGUGAUUUGGAGAUUUCCAGUCAACAAAAUGUGCACUGAGGAUUGAUGUAUAAACGUGAAAAAGAGGUAGCCGUCCUGUAAAUAAUCUUGUUUUUCCUUUAUGUAUAGUGUGUCAGUGUAUGUGUGUGUUAUGGGGUCCGCCUCUCUGCCAGUGUUGCUUUCCUUGUAUCAAGUGCUGGAUUUAAACAUCCCAAUUUUAAGCCUCUAUGUCCAAAUCAGGGCCUCCUUUCUUGAAAUCUAACUUAUGUCACUACAAGCAGGUCAAACCACUUUUGCCAUGUCUGUAAGCACUGCUGUUUGAGAGGCACUUAAUGCAACAAGUGUUUGCCUGUUUGCUAUUUAAUGUUAAUAAUUCCUUUUGGCCUGAGCUUAGACCAAAUCAGAUUUUUUAAAUGAUGUCCAACAGGCAAGGGUGAUGUCCACAUGGGCAUAGAGGCGAUUUGAAAUUGCUUAUUUGCACCCGCGCUGUCAGCUGGGCCUGCACUUCAGAGGCAUAAGCUGUCACACAAUGAGCACUGUUUAGUCUUUAUUGCUUUCCUCAAAGUUCCAGUUGUGUUUGCAGCUCUAGUAUCAAGACAAAGACAGGCCUUCAGGGUGCGAGUUCACAACUUCAGAUGAUUCUGAGACACUGACUUGAUUUAUUUAACAGCUAACGUCUGCAGAAUAGAUCAUAGAGAAUCGGUUAAGCUCUGUACAUUUUGAAGCGCACCAUUGCAGCAUAUGCUUUAGGCUUUGUCAAUAGAGAAGUUGCGCUUGUUUGCAUCUUAUGCUGUGUAUUGCUGUUGACACAUGGUCAUGCAUAAGUGGCAUAAAAAAGGUUCUUGGUUAUUUGCAAAUUAAGUAAGAAUGUUAAAGCUGCAUUAAUCAGAUUUUGCCAUUAGAGGAUGGAAUAACUAAAAAGUGACAGAUACAUUUUACAGGGGAGCAAGCUUGUCAUCUUUUGGCAGAAAACAUUUGGGGUUUCAAGCUUGAGUUAAGUUUUUGUUUUGAUGUAGCAAAUGCCAGCCAUCACAAUUUGUUUGUAAUGUUAGGUGUUAACAUUAUUUCCAUGGCCAAGUCUGACAUUAGCUAGCUUAUUGUUAUUCUAAAUCCCACCCUAUUGUUAUUCUAAAUCCCCCCAAUCUUGUAUUACCUUACUGAUAUUAGCACUAUGGGACUACUCAUUUAACAUUUACAUUUUGUCAAUGACUACAACAUAAAUUAAGUUCCUCAUGCAAAGUGCCAACUAACUUAACAUAAAUAAUAGCACCAUUUGGCUCAGUUUUCUUUAAGCCAAGAUAAUAUUUUGCAAGACAAUUUGCUUUUGGAUUUGUUUUAGAACAUGGGACUAAUUCAUGAGACAUUUAGCUGAAGUAUACAUUAUUUAUGAUGUAGUUAAUCAGUGCUUGAUACAGUAACUGUCAUUUAAGAAAAAGCUCACUUAGCUCAACAAAAGUUGAAAUGAAACAGCCUUGUGACAGUUUCUUUUACUUGUAGUGGUUGUGAAAUCAAUUUAACGUCAUAUGUCAGCCCCAUCUUUUAAUUGACCAAAGAGAGUGCGAUUGCUAAAAGCAAAAACACAUCAACUUUUAGCCUAUUUACACAUUAGCGUUCACAUGGCAUCUUGUGUUUUGCUUUCUUUUAGCUUUUCUUUGGCUCUACAAACUCGUGAAAAAAAUAGCUUUUAGCUGCUAGCUGCUCAGCUUUCUUCAAUAGCAAGCUGCCAGUUUUGUGUGUCCUGUUAGCGCUGGACAGGAAGCAUGCAUCGGCUUUAUCUGAACAUUAGUUCUAAGAACAACAGUC